GCAACUUUUACUGUUUUUGGACUUCAAGUACUAACAGCACUUCUCAGCAGAUCAACAGAGCUCGCAGCCACUGCAACAUGACAGAGACAGCUGAAGCUGUAGCUGCUGACGUGAGCAGCAAGAGAAGUGUGACCAUCGAAAUAUCAAAUCUCACUAACAGCUACUGUCUUAUUAACCCCAGGGUAUACCUUGAGAAUGGGGAGGCAUACAACCCACCGCAACCUACAGUGCGCCCUCUAAAGACAGAGGUUUGCACAUUCACCAAGUCCAGCAGCAAAGCAACAGGAGCUGUUGGUGUACUGACCUAUGACCUUUUCGAGAGGUCACAGAAUGACUUCGCUGAGACUGUGGCUCUAAUGUUCUCCGUCCCCUGGGACUACAACCUGUACAAGAACUGGUUUGCAGUGGGCAUCUAUAAAAGGGGCCGUAACUGUGACAAGGAUUUGUACAAAGAAAUGUACUACGAGAAGAAUCAGCAUGAACAUGGGUUUGUCAGGGAGGAAGCCACUGGGUCAGGAAUCAAUUACAUGGGUAACCGCCUAGAUAUCAGGGCCACUAUGUGUCCUCUAGGCAAAGCUAUCAUGAAGGUAGAGGUGUGGGAUAAGCUUCUUACACCCAUGGGCCAGCAGGCAUAUUAAAGAGCCCCUUGAUACCAGUAUUUU